AUGAGUAACAAAGAAAGCAUUUGGAAAACGGCCUACGAUGCUUCUAAAGACAGUACUGUUAUUCAGACGUCGGAAGUCGAGCCCGGGGUCUUCGUUGUCCAAAUGAACGCGCCAGAGUCGCACAACAUCCUCACGCCGCAGAUGAUGGGGGCGGUGGCUCGUGAGGUCGAUCGCCUAUCUGCUAUGAAAGUUGACGAAAUCACAGCCAUUAUCCUGAUGUCGUCUGGGAAAUCUUUCUGCGCCGGAAUCGACAUCAAUGCGAUCAGAGACGAUCCCACCUUUGAAGAAUACAUAACCCGCUCGGUAGAUCCAUUCUACGCGGUCCAGGAAUCACCCGUUCCCACCAUCGCCUGUGUCCAAGGGGCCGCCAUGACGGGCGGAUUUGAACUUGCCCUGAGUUGCGAUAUUGUCAUUGCUUCACGCGAUGCUGUCUUCCGCGACAAUCAUGCAAUGUAUGGAGUCCAUCAGAUAAGAGGACUUUCCCAAAUCCUCCCCCGGGUUUGUGGGCCCUCGAAUGCGAAGUUGGCAAGUCUGGCCUCUAUGCCGGUCACAGCCAGCAAAGCGCUCGCUUGGAACAUAGUUUCUGAAGUAGUGGACACUCCUGAAGACUUGUUCCCGAUGGCGAUGCGCAUCACCAAGGGUUUCGCGUAUAACAAUGGUCCAAUCCUUCGAGCUCUCAAGAAGACGAUGAAUGAAGCAUACGAGCUUUCUUAUGGAGAAGCACGGAAGCUUGAAUUGACGAGUGACGUCGACUACUAUGCCAGUCUCGGCGAUGACAAACCUCGAAUAUUGACUGAGGGAGCCAAACGCUUCAACAAACGUGUUGAGGAGCUCGGCACCACUGCAGGGAUGCGGGGCGGCAUGGUGGAAGAAGAUUGA